AUGUAUGUUGAAACCUCCAGUAAUGGAGGAGCAUCGGUUUUACACGCUUAUACAUUUCAACCCACGCGAUGUGAUGAUAUUGUUGAAGAAUUUAUGCAAGAUUUCUUCAACGAAUUAUUCUUCGGCCAUACUCAUUAUGUCAUGGGUAUUAUCCACAAUGCAGCCUCUUAUUUGCCAGAUCCAAUUGAUUAUUUAGCUCAACAUUAUCCACAAAUGACUGUUCGAUAUCAGUUAUUUGGCCGUAAAGAUGUCGAUUCUAUUACGACUAGUCAAUUCCAUCAACGAGUCCAUGACACUUAUAUCAAUGGUACUUAUCGAGCCGGUCCGCUAUUACAAUUAAGUUUAGUGGGUACAGUCCAAGAAGAAAUUGGUGGUUAUAUGCCGGAAUUUCUCAAUCUAUUGCAGCGUUCACCUGUUUUAGCGCCUGUUAUGCCAUGGGGAAAGUUGUCCAAUUUAAAGUUAAACUCAAGAUGUGAUAGUGAUGAUGGUCCCAUUUUAUGGGUACGUCCUGGUGAACAAAUUGUUCCCGCUACCGAUCUGGCCAAGUCUCCUCACAAGAAGCGCAAGACGGGUAAUAAUGAACUUCGCAAUUUAUACUCGCUUACGCGUGUCAAUGCUCCACGAGAAAGUUUACUCGAAGAUAGGACUUAUUGCCAUGCGGAUCAUGUUGGACAUGGCCUCGAUCGAAACACUACUGCAGCUGUAGGAUUAUUGAAAGCUGUUCAUUGUGGUGCUAGCUAUUCCACAAAUAGGAUAGUUAAAGAUGUUGUUGCCUUUCAUCCAGAUGACUUUGAAAGUGUUGCCACAAAAUUGCAGUUAGAUUUGUACGAGCCUCCUGCCUCACAGUGCGUUCAAUGGGUUGAAGAUGGUAAAUUAAAUCAGCUUCUUCGUGAAGGAGUUCGAUAUGCUCGUAUUCAAUUAUGUGAUAACGAUAUCUAUUUCAUACCUCGCAACGUUAUCCAUCAAUUCAAGACAGUAUCAGCUUGCACCAGCAUCGCUUGGCAUCUUCGACAUAAAGCGUAUUACGACAACAGUUCAACGACAGAUGACAAUAAUACACCAUAA